AGCACGAGGCAACCGAAACUCGGCUGUCAGUUCAGUGCGAAAUAGAAAACUCGGAAAAACUCGAAAAAACUGCUCUGUUACGUACGCGACUAGUGUGAAACUUUGCGAGUAGUGCCGUUUGCGUAGAAAGGAAAGACUGCUAGUCCUGCUAGUUUCGUCCGCGGGUUUCGGUUUUCCCUGUUUCCCGUGAAGACCCUUCACUCCGAGUUGGUCGUUGUUUGGUGGGUGGCCCUAGUGAGCGGAAUAAAAUGGAGAUCAGCAAAACGACGAUUGGGAUCGCGGCCGGAGUCGCAGGAACGCUCUUCCUCGGCUACUGCAUUUACUUCGAUCACAAGCGCCGCAAGGAUCCGGAUUUCAAGAAGAAGCUUCGCGAGAGACGGAAAGCGAAAAAGGCAGCUUCCGCUGCUGGUGGACCAAAGUCGAAUAUGCCCAACAUGGCCGAUCACGAAGAGGUGCAGAGAUUCUUCCUGCAAGAAAUUCAAAUGGGAGAAGCUCUGAUCUCAUCUGGUGACAUCGAGACCGGUGUUGAGCAUCUGGCAAACGCAGUUAUCGUAUGCGGUCAACCUGCACAACUUUUACAAGUCCUCCAACAAACAUUGCCAGCCCAAGUGUUCUCAAUGUUGAUCAGUCGCAUGCGACAGUACGGUAACCAGAACGGCGGUGGAGAAAGCGACCGGGCUAAACUGCAGGACAUGAACGACGAUCUGGAGUAGUGGUCUCGAAUUCGGUAAAGUCAUUUAUAACUACACUGCAUAUUCACAGAGAGAAAAAAAGAUUCGUAAAGAUUCCUUCCGGCCAGCGCAUACCGACCGGAGGGAUCGUUUUUACCAAAUACUAAGUGCACUCACGGCACCGAGUCCUACAAAAUACAUUGCAGUUUGAUUGAUAUCGUACAACAGAGCAGAGCGGCAACAAAGAAGAAGUGCUUUAGAACAAAACACAUUUAUUCAGACGGUUGAGAAGAGAGCUUUAGAAACUGAAAACAACGUAGUAUUGGCUAUUGUUUCA